UGUUUAAUGAGAAACAGAACACUGUUCAAGAUGAUUUUAUGUCUUCAGAAUAUCCAUCCAUCAUCUAACACACUUGUCCCUAGUAGGGGUCAGGAGGGGUGCUGGUGCCCAUCUCCAGCGGUCAACAGGACCUGUUCCAGCAAUGGGGGAAUCUUACAUCAUAAGUAUAGACUUUGGAACAACAUACAGUGGAUAUGCCUUCAGUUUGGCAUCCAGAGAAGAAGAAGUAGACCCUCAUGUGAAGUUUUGGGGUGAAGAAAUUGGACUAGAAACCCCAAAGGCUCCAACCUGCAUCCUGUUUGAUGAACAUCAACAGUUUGUCAGCUUCGGAUAUAAAGCCAAACAGACUUCCUUAAAAACAUCAGGCAAAGAUGGCAGAGCAAUGUUCUUCUUUGAUUGCUUUAAGAUGUCACUCUAUGGCAAAAAAGUCACUACAGACUUGACAAUCAAAGCAGCCAAUGGGAGGGAAAUGAAGGCUCUGAAGGUUUUUACAGAAGCUUUAAGAUUCCUGAAAGAUGACGCUCUGAAGACCAUUCAACAAAACACUGAAGGAAAGAAGUUCACAGCCUCUGAUUUCACCUGGGUUCUGACGGUUCCUGCAAUCUGGGAUCAUUCAGCCAAACAGUUCAUGAGAGAAGCUGCAACUCAGGCAGGAAUAGUGACUUAUGGAACUGAAAACAAUCUAGUUUUUGCUCUGGAACCAGAAGCAGCUUCAGUCUACUGUAAGAAACUACCAUCAGAUGGUUUCAUAGCAGAAAACCGUGGUGAAAGCAAACUGGACCAAUCUUCAGGAACUCAGUACAUUGUUGUUGAUUGUGGAGGAGGAACCAUUGACAUCACUGUUCAUGAAGUCCUUGAAGGAGGAUUUCUGAAGGAGCUGCACAAAGCCUCUGGGAACAAUAUGGGAGGACAAACUGUGGACAGAAAAUUUAAAGAGUUCCUCAGAGACACAUUCUCUCCUGAAAUCUGGGAUGAGUAUGAAGAAAAGUAUCCCAGUGAGGUUAGCAGAAUCAUGUAUGACUUCACACUUUUCAAGAGAAAAGAUGAAGAUAUGGAAAUAAUCUGUCCACUGAAUCUAGGAAUGAUGGCUCAGAAAAAACAGGACAUGGAAGAAUACUUUUAUCGAGUUCAAGAUGCAUCUUAUGAUGAUGGAGUAAUCAAAAUAUUUAAGCAGAAACUGAGAUCUUUUUUUGAAGAGAGUCUGUGGAGCAUCACUAAGAGUCUAAGAGAAAUCUUUUACAAAACCCACAGCAUUAAAUACAUUCUGUUAGUGGGAGGUUUUGCUGAAAGUCAGUAUCUAUGGAGAUACAUUACUGAUGAGUUUAUUGACAACUGCAAAGUUCUGUGUCCUUUUAGGCCCCAAGAAGCCAUUGUAAAGGGAGCCGUAGAGUUUGGAAGAAACCAAGGUGCAGUGGCAUCAAGAAAAAGUGCCUAUACUUAUGGAGUACAUCUGUCAGAGCAGGUUAAUAAGUCAAAGCACAGAGCGGACAAGCAAUACAAAAACAAAGAUAACGUCUUCUGUAGUGAUCCCCCGAAAACAACCCCGCCAUCUUCUUAUCAAGUUUCUAAAGAACAAUCCUAAAUGGCUCACAGUGAGAGGUCGUUUAGUCAGUUCUGGAGAAAGUUAGGAAGACGUAUCAGAUGCUGAACUUUAAAUGAAUUGAUGUC